UUCCGAGAUAGCGGCACUCCAUCGUUCUCUUCUUAACUAGUCCACUGCAUCAGAAUCCUCAACCUCCAUUCCCCAUUUUCCAUUCCAUUCCCUCUCGGCUCACCAGUUGGCUGUGUGUUUCCGCCAUCAGUCGUUUCAUUGUUAUUCAGCUGCGCUAAUUCCGUGUGUUCAGCGAGCGAGCGAGCGAGAGAGAGAGAGAGAUUGCGAGAUUGAUACAUUACGUAGCUGGGGUGGGUUUCGUCGAUGCGCUGCACCGUCACGUUGUUGGCAUUGCGACACUGACGUUGAGAGAGGCUGUGCGUCUCAGUCGUAGUGUUAGUGUUCCUGUUCAGUGAAUUCACCUAGUAGAGUUGUGGGGUUGAAUCCUAGGAAGAGCAGUCGGAAUUCGCUUUUUUUUGGGGUGUGAGUUAUUGGGGCUGAUUAGUUUUGGGUUUCGCGGCUGGAUUGAGUGCUCUGAAGGAAUGAUGGGUUGACGGGAACGGGAUAGGAUUUCGGGAUUCGAAGGUUUUUUAGAUUCGGUGGCUUGGAAAGAGGGGGAUUGGAGGUGGGUUUUUUGUGGGCUGAAUUGGGCACGCGUGUUGCCAAUCUCCUGCUGCAACAAGGGAUAAGCUCGCUUGCAUUGCAGGCGGUGCGAUCUCGUGCGAUGUUGUCGAUUGUGAGGCCGCCAGCUCUGGUUUCAGUUGCCUCUCCCAGGCUUUUAUUGCCAGAGCAGCAGCAGCAGCAACAGCCAUUUCACUCUGUGACUACGACGCUGCGGAAGCGCGUGAUACGUCUGGGAGUCGUGAGGGUGACAGCGUCCGCGGAUUCUAUUGGUCUGGUCAAUGCUGGUCCUUGGCACACAUUUGCAGGUCUGCGAGCACAGCGGUUCAACAGGAGGAAAGACUUUGUGAAGUCGGAGCGUAGCAAGCGCAAUUAUCGAAUUGUUGCAUCGGCUCAGGCUCGAGAUGGAAGGAUUAAUCAGGGUGAAUUCACGGAGAUGGCUUGGCAGGCAAUAGUUGCCUCUCCCGAUGUUGCGAAAGAAAACAAGCAACAAAUUGUAGAGACAGAGCAUUUGAUGAAAGCAUUGUUGGAGCAACGAAAUGGAUUGGCGAGGCGAAUUUUUUCUAAAGCGGGCGUGGAUAACACUUCUUUGUUGCAAGCAACUGAACGUUUUAUUCAAAGGCAACCUAAGGUCCUGGGUGACACAAGUGGGUCUAUGCUUGGUCGGGAUUUGGAGGGAUUGAUUGAGAAGGCACGGGGUCAUAGAAAGGAUUACGGGGAUUCUUUCGUGUCUGUUGAGCAUUUGGUCCUGGCAUUUACUCAAGAUAAACGCUUUGGGCAACAACUGUAUAAAGAUUUCCAGUUGAGUGCGAAGACUUUGAAUGCUGCAAUUCAGUCUAUUCGAGGUUCUCAAAAGGUGACUGACCAAGACCCAGAGGGUAGGUACGAAGCUCUGGAGAAAUAUGGAAAGGACUUGACUGAAAUGGCAAGACAGGGAAAACUAGAUCCUGUUAUUGGACGAGAUGAUGAAAUUCGACGCUGCAUCCAGAUUUUAUCUCGUAGAACGAAGAACAACCCAGUAUUGAUCGGAGAACCUGGUGUAGGAAAGACAGCCAUUUCUGAAGGUUUGGCUCAGCGUAUUGUGCAAGGAGAUGUGCCAUCAGCUCUGCUUAAUCGCAAGCUGAUUUCGCUGGAUAUGGGAUCGUUGAUAGCAGGUGCUAAAUAUCGUGGAGAAUUCGAGGACAGGCUUAAGGCUGUCCUGAAGGAGGUAACCGAUUCCGAUGGUCAAAUCAUUUUGUUUAUUGAUGAAAUACAUACUGUAGUUGGCGCUGGUGCUACCAGUGGCGCAAUGGACGCUGGGAAUUUGCUGAAGCCAAUGUUGGGGCGCGGGGAGCUGCGCUGCAUCGGAGCAACUACUCUGGACGAGUACCGGAAGUACAUUGAGAAGGAUCCUGCACUAGAACGUCGCUUCCAGCAAGUCUAUGUGGACCAACCUUCUGUCGAAGAUACAGUGUCUAUUUUGAGAGGUCUUCGCGAACGUUAUGAAUUGCAUCACGGAGUGCGGAUUUCGGAUAGCGCUUUGGUGGAGUCUGCAAUGUUAGCUGAUCGCUACAUUGCGGACCGGUUUCUCCCUGACAAAGCAAUCGACCUAGUGGAUGAAGCUGCCGCGAAACUAAAGAUGGAAAUCACUUCAAAACCAACAGCACUUGAUGAAAUAGAUAGGUCUGUGCUGAAGUUAGAAAUGGAGCGGCUGUCUCUGAAAAGCGACACGGAUAAAGCAUCACGCGACCGGCUGGACCGACUUGUUACUGAGCUGGAUCUUUUGAAGCAGAGGCAGAAGGAGUUGACAGAUCAAUGGGAACAUGAGAAGUCUGUGAUGACUCGGAUUCAGUCCAUCAAAGAAGAGGUUGAUAGAGUGAACCUAGAAAUUCAACAAGCAGAGCGGGAUUACGACCUCAACCGAGCUGCUGAAUUGAAAUAUGGAAGUCUUACGACUUUGCAACGCCAGUUAGAAGCUGCUGAGAAGGCGCUUGAUGAGUAUCAAAAUAGCGGCAAUUCUAUGCUUCGUGAAGAAGUGACAGGAAACGAUAUUGCAGAAGUUGUGAGCAAAUGGACUGGAAUUCCCAUUUCGAAAUUGCAGCAGUCAGAGAAGGAGAAGCUCUUGCAUCUUGAUGAUGAGCUUCACAAGCGGGUCGUAGGUCAGGAUCCAGCUGUGAAAUCCGUUGCUGAGGCCAUCCAGCGUUCUAGAGCUGGGCUCUCUGAUCCUAAUAAACCAAUUGCCAGCUUCAUGUUUAUGGGACCUACGGGUGUGGGGAAAACUGAGUUGGCCAAAGCUUUGGCGUCGUAUCUCUUCAAUACUGAGGAGGCUAUUGUGAGGAUUGAUAUGAGUGAGUACAUGGAGAAACAUGCUGUUUCUCGGCUUGUCGGAGCACCCCCUGGAUAUGUUGGCUAUGAAGAGGGUGGGCAACUCACAGAGGCUGUUCGAAGAAGACCAUACGCUGUGAUUCUUUUCGACGAGAUAGAAAAGGCUCAUUCUGACGUCUUUAACAUCUUUCUUCAGAUCCUUGAUGAUGGGCGUGUGACGGAUUCACAGGGCAGGACUGUUAGCUUUACUAACACUGUGAUCAUAAUGACUUCCAAUGUGGGGUCACAAUAUGUCCUUAACAGCGCAGAUAGUAUAGCUGGCAACAACAAGGAGGUCGUAUAUGAAGCUAUGAGAGCUCGAGUGAUGGAGGCUGCAAGGAAUACAUUCCGACCAGAGUUUAUGAACCGUAUUGACGAAUACAUCGUCUUCCAGCAACUGGAUCGGGAUCAAAUCAGCAGAAUCGUGAAACUACAGUUGGACCGUGUGCAGAAGAGACUGAUGGACAAGAAGAUCACCUUGAAGGUGACAGAGAGUGCCGUCCAGCUCCUCGCAAGCUUGGGUUACGACCCCAACUACGGAGCACGGCCAGUGAAGAGGGUAAUCCAACAGAGUGUAGAAAAUGAGCUAGCACGUUCGAUUUUGAGAGGAGACUUCACGGAAGAGGACACAGUUUUGGUCGACACUGAUCUCACAUCUGUAGCUGGAAGCAGUCUCCCACAGCAAAAACUCUCUUUCCGAAGGUUGCAGGCGGUUGAUUCCAACCAGGCGACAGACUCUGAUUCCUUCGCGUAUGCAGAGGGUCAAGACAAUUGAGAGCACUCUUCCUCCACUUCUACCUUCAAGUGUUCGAAAUCUUCUGGAAUGGCAUUAUCAUGUCCAUUAACCACCAAUAAAUUUCCACAGUGCAACCUAAACUUAUUCCACCUGGAAUCUGCCGCCUCAAAGUUUUUCUCAUCAGGUGUCCGAAGAAACGCUGCUUCGGCAACCUGGAUUUGAGAUACAGACUCUGGGACUGAUAUGUGACCCUCAUUGAGAAUUUUAUCCUCUUUUGUCAGACAUUCAAACUAGGUUUUGGAAUUUGAAAAAAGAUGGGGAUCUGAUUAAGCCGCUGCUUCUACUCUGUCCAGACGAGGAAUUUCAACCUCUGUUGUAUAAUAUACAUGAGGCUUUACACCGACAAGUUCAUGAGUUGACUUGUGACCACUGUAUCUUUAGCGAACGUGAAGUAAAACGAGUGUUUCCGGAGA